GCCUGGACCCCGCAGACGCCUCGUCGAUCGGCUCUCAGGGGUCCCGGAGACGGACGGCAGGGAGACCCCACCGCGAUCGGCCUCCGACCCUCUCCCCACUAUCUGCACAGGCCUGGACCCCGCAGACGCCUCGCCGAUCGGCUCUCAGGGGUCCCGGAUACGGACGGCAGGGAGCCCCCACCGCGAUCGGCCUCCGACUCUCUCCCCACUAUCCGCACAGGCCUGGACCCCGCAGACGCCUCACCGAUCGGCUCUCAGGGGUCCCGGAGACGGACGGCAGGGAGACCCCACCGCGAUCGGCCUCCGACCCUCUCCCCACUAUCCGCACAGGCCUGGACCCCGCAGACGCCUUGCCGAUCGGCCCUCAGGGGUCCCGGAGACGGACGGCAGGGAGACCCCACCGCGAUCGGCCUCCGACCCUCUCCCCACUAUCCGCACAGGCCUGGACCCGCAGACGCCUCGCCGAUCGGCCCUCAGGGGUCCCGGAGACGGACGGCAGGGAGACCCCACCGCGAUCGGCCUCCGACUCUCUCCCCACUAUCCGCACAGGCCUGGACCCCGCAGACGCCUCGCCGAUCGGCUCUCAGGGGUCCCGGAGACGGACGGCAGGGAGACCCGACCACGAUCGGCCUCCGACCCUCUCCCCACUAUCCGCACAGGCCUGGACCCCGCAGACGCCUCGCCGAUCGGCUCUCAGAGGUCCCGGAGACGGACAGCAGGGAGACCCCACCGCGAUCGGCCUCCGACCCUCUCCCCACUAUCCGCACAGGCCUGGACCCCGCAGACGCCUCGCCGAUCGGCCCUCAGGGGUCCCGGAGACGGACGGCAGGGAGACCCCACCGCGAUCGGCCUCCGACCCUCUCCCCACUAUCCGCACAGGCCUGGACCCCGCAGACGCCUCGCCGAUCGGCCCUCAUGGGUCCCGGAGACGGACGGCAGGGAGACCCCACCGCGAUCGGCCUCCGACCCUCUCCCCACUAUCCGCACAGGCCUGGACCCCGCAGACGCCUCGCCGAUCGGCUCUCAGGGGUCCCGGAGACGGACGGCAGGGAGACCCCACAGCGAUCGGCCUCCGACCCUCUCCCCACUAUCCGCACAGGCCUGGACCCCGCAGACGCCUCGCCGAUCGGCUCUCAGGGGUCCCGGAGACGGACGGCAGGGAGACCCCACAGCGAUCGGCCUCCGACCCUCUCCCCACUAUCCGCACAGGCCUGGACCCCGCAGACGCCUCGCCGACCGGCUCUCAGGGGUCCCGGAGACGGACGGCAGGGAGAUCCCACCGCGAUCGGCCUCCGACCCUCUCCCCACUAUCCGCACAGGCCUGGACCCCGCAGACGCCUCGCCGAUCAGCUCUCAGGGGUCCCGGAGACGGACGGCAGGGAGCCCCCACCGCGAUCGGCCUCCGACCCUCUCCCCACUAUCCGCACAGGCCUGGACCCCGCAGACGCCUCGCCUAUCGGCUCUCAGGGGUCCCGGAGACGGACGGCAGGGAGCCCCCACCGCGAUCGGCCUCCGACCCCCCACUAUCCGCACAGGCCUGGACCCCUCAGACGCCUCGUCGAUCGACUCUCAGGGGUCCCGGAGACGGACGGCAGGGAGACCCCACAGCGAUCGGCCUCCGACCCUCUCCCCACUAUCCGCACAGGCCUGGACCCCGCAGACGCCUCGCCGAUCGGCUCUCAAGGGUCCCGGAGACGGACGGCAGGGAGACCCCACCGCGAUCGGCCUCCGACCCUCUCCCCACUAUCCGCACAGGCCUGGACCCCGCAGACGCCUCGCCGAUCGGCUCUCAGGGGUCCCGGAGACGGACGGCAGGGAGACCCCACAGCGAUCGGCCUCCGACCCUCUCCCCACUAUCCGCACAGGCCUGGACCCCGCAGACGCCUCGCCGAUCGGCUCUCAGGGGUCCCGGAGACGGACGGCAGGGAGACCCCACCGCGAUCGGCCUCCGACCCUCUCCCCACUAUCCGCACAGGCCUGGACCCCGCAGACGCCUCGCUGA